AUUCUCCAACUGGGAAAACGGAACCGCACGACCUUCUCCACCCACAUGAACGCACACAGCUCCCGUUCGCACGCUCUGCUCACACUUACGCUCACGGGCACUGAGCUGACCAGCGGCACGAAAGUCACAGGGAAGCUCAACCUGGUGGACCUGGCUGGCUCAGAACGGGUGUGGAAGUCUGGCGCGCAGGGGGAGCGUCUGAAGGAAGCCCAGAGCAUCAACCGCUCCCUGCUGGCCCUUGGAGAGGUCAUCCAGGCCCUGCGGACGAAGCAGGCCCACGUGCCCUUCCGCAACUCCAGGCUCACCUACCUGUUGCAGGACUCCCUGGGCAAGGGCAGCAAGACAGUCAUGAUGGUGCAGAUUUGCCCCCUGGAGAAGAAUGUGGGCGAAUCCAUUUGCUCCCUCAAGUUUGCCCAGCGGGUCUGCAAAGUGGAGCUGGGACCGGCCUCCCGUCGCGUCAAGGCCCCGGACCAGCGUGAGAUCUGA